ACACCGGAGCAGCUGACGGCGUCUUUUGGCCAAAGCGGUUUGGGGCAACUUCCGUGUCCCUUCGCUGGGACUAUAUUUAGUCGGCCCUUGGCCCUUGGUUCGAUAGAGGCGCUCGAUUCAUCUCCAUUCAUUAGUUGAUGGUUUUGCAUUUGCUGUAAAGAAAAGCCCGGUUUUGCUAGUGUCACGUCUCUAAUAGUUGCGACCCUACCCAGACUUGCCUCAAGUUUGAGUUUGUUCUUAUACUUUUUAAGGAUCAUUCAGCUAGUGAGCCUUUUGGUUUCACCAUUUUUGUUCAGCUUCGACCAGCUUUGACCGAGCUUGCCCCAGCAUCCAACAGGUCCCCAAACGAAAACGGACCCCAAAACGGACCUGUUUGGCAAGCGGCCCAAGGUCAAUGCUCUAUGUGGACAAUGUCGUGGGUUCUUCCUUGUCGGUGGGCGGCCAGUAUAGGCAGCUGAUGCAAGCGAUUGGGUCCUCUCGGAAGGUCUUUGAAUAUGCAGAGAUGCCACCCUCCUCCAGUAUGGCACCGCAGAAUAAGACUGCCCUGAAGACCUUGCCCCUCACAGAGUUGAAGGGCACGGUACUUUUUCGAAACAUCUCCUUCACGUAUGCCUCACGCCCCAACGAGCCCAUCCUACGAGGAAUCGAUCUAGAGCUUCCUCCAGGAAAGACUACGGCCUUGGUUGGUGCCUCCGGGAGCGGGAAAAGCACCAUUUCCGCGCUCUUGCAGCGAUGGUAUGAGCCUGAUGCCGGGCAGAUCCUCUUGGACGGUGUCCCCAUUGACGACCUGGAUCCUCGCUGGUUCCGUUCCUUAUUUGGCGUGGUUCCUCAAGAGCCUCGACUCUUUACAGCCACGGUCUGGGAGAACAUUGCUCUAGGACUUGGACCCUUGAACCAAGAGAUUGCUCGGGAAGGUUUGAACUUGGAGACCAUCGAUGUGGACUCCGUGUCGCAACUCGUGCGCGAGGCCGCGGAAGCCGCCGACGCGCACGGCUUCAUCUCCGCGCUGCCCGAGGGCUAUGACACCAUGGUGGGCGACGUCCGCCUUUCAGGAGGGCAACGGCAGCGUAUCGCGCUGGCCCGGGCAUUGGUCAAGCGACCACGGUUCCUCAUUCUAGAUGAGGCCACUUCAGCAUUGGAUAGCCGGACUGAAGCAGCGGUGCAGAAAAGCGUGAACGCGUACCUCAAGCAGAGGUUUGCGUCAUGCUUGGUGAUCGCACAUCGUUUGAGCACCGUGAUGGAUGCUGACAAGAUCGUCGUUUUGGACAAGGGCCGGAUUGCAGAAGAAGGCAAACACCAGGCCCUCAUGCGGAAGCGUGGCAUUUAUGCGAAGCUGGUCCGCGGUGGGGGCGGACGGGGCAUGCUGCGAUGAGACCGCGGGCCAUGGGUGCACCAUGGAUGCAAGUGAAGAGAAA